AAUGUAUACCCGUCAAGAUGCUUUAUUAAAUUGAAGAAGUUAAACUUUCAGAUUUGGCAUACAUUUUUCAGAUUGCGUGGGAAGGAAAGGGAAAGCCCAUACAAUACUGAUAGUCUUCAAAGUAUCCCGUAGUGAAAAUACAUCCCUGUCACUGGCAACACAACGAAAAUACACUCACGCACACAAACAUCCCAUCAAAUAUUCUCUUUCUCUUCGGUAUAAAACCAUCAACAAAAAUUACUUUGUUCUAUCUUAGUUCAGUUUUGUCUUCUCGAAAGCUAAUUUUCUAAAUUAAACAGAUCUCCCUUCUUUGAAAUGGAAAAACACCUAAACACCAUAGCUUCAUCAUCACCUGCAACGCCAACGCCAACAACUUUCGUUCAGGCUGAUGCAAACACCUUCAGAGACCUGGUCCAGAAGCUUACAGGAUUCGCCAGCGACACAGAGAAACUCCCUGUUACCCUCCCUGGAAGGCUUUCCUCAAGAACUUCCCUUCCUGGUGACCCAACAGGCCCACGCCGUCCACCCUUCAAGCUCCAAGAACGUAGGCAACAUACCAUGAGAAAGCUCGAGAUCAAGCUUGGCCUCACCACUCUACGACACUCACCUAGUCACUGCUCUCCCUGUCAAGCUCGCCCCCUUGAGUCGCCGUUUCCCAGUCCGGUGACUCCACUGGGGUCUGAAUCACUCUUUUACUCCAGUUCUGGUACCGUAUCACCAUCAUCUCCAGUGGUUUCGGAGGAGGAAAAGGCGAUUGCAGAGAGGGGCUUUUACUUGCAUCCAUCACCAUUAAAUACGCCAAGAGGAAGCCAACCACCGGAGCUCCUGACACUUUUUCCACUUACUUCACCUAGUCAGGAGAAACGAGAUUAGGGUUGUGUUAUUGUUCAAAAAAAUGGUAAAAACCUUACGACUUUUUUUUUUUUUUUCGGUUUUAGAUCAUUAAUGGGUUAAAAGGUGUUAUCGUUUGUUUUAUAAGUAUCCUUGUUCAUGGAGGUUUGGGCGUUCAUGGUUUCUUGAAAUUUAUCAGGAUGGCUAGUUUCGUUAAUUACAUAUUACAAAAUUAAAUUUGCAUACUUAUCUUCCUUUUUCUUAUUUUAGUUUGUUUUUCUCUUUCCCUGAGAUUAUCAGUGGAGAUUAAAACGAAACCGACGGUAAUGGCAUCCUUUGCCAACCUGAUAAUGAUUGGCAUUUAUUACUUUAAUAACUUUGUUUAAUAUUUUCUUGCAACUGUUUUUGACUUAUUCACGAUCGGGUGAAGAAAAAUUCUGAUUGUAAAUUUAAGUGGUUCAUAUUGAGUAUUGCAAGUA